AUGCUGGACGGGUGGUAUUGCCGUUCAAUGGCGAACGCGGCGAGCCUGGCCGAAGAGGAGGAGCGGUCCCAGGAGGAGUCCAAGUUCAAAAAAGAGUACAAAUUCCUCAAACGCAAGUUCCACAAUCUAGUUUACGAAAAUGAGGCUCUCAUGCAAGCGCUCCGCGCCGCCCAGAAGCGCCUCCUUUCGGUGACACGCGACCGAACGUUUCUCCUGGACCGCCUCCUCCUGCACGAAAAGGUGGACAACUCCACGUCGGAAUCGGAAGAAACAGACUCUUCGGACGACGGGGAGCCCCUCAAAGUCGAGCCUCCGGCCAAAAAGAGAAAAUUGGAAAAUUCGUUCAAUAACGGGCCGGGCAAAGUGUUACCAACGGUGAAAAAGAAGCGAAACCCGGCCCCCAGGCCCGCCAAGGCCAUACCACACCACACGUUAGUGCACAUGCCGGGGGGCUCCACUGGGAAUAUUUUAUCCGAUGGGCACAUGACCCCCGAGGAGGUGGAAAGGCAUUUACAGGCACAAAAUUAUGUGGAAUUGGUGCCCGAAAGGGCGCCCCCCACCGUCCCCACGGAAAUGUUCAGUAAUGAGCCCUCACUUGACAGUGAAUCAAACGAUAUUGGCGAGCUCGAGACUUCACCCAGUAACAUGGGAGAGGAGCUAAGCAUUGAUAUGAUACCAGAAUAAUAAUAAUUUAUAAAGCAAA